AUGAUUAAUUUAAAUAAACAAAUUUGCCUUUAUUCUGUUCCUAAUUUCAAGUUAAAUUUUCAUUAUUCACCUAUCAAUAAUCUCGAGUCAUUUGAAUUAGAUGAUGUUACUAUUUACGUUACUCCAAGAAUCAAUGUUCCGCCCGAUUUUAAUAUGACCGAUAUAUUAACGAAUCGACCAGAUACUAC